AGCAGCCUGUGAACCUUUAUUGUGAAACCGGGUCCGUGCAGGGCGGAUGUGUCGCGGUGGACUUGACGCCUGAAGCGAAGGAAUCCCGUUUGAAAAAAAACAACCAGGAAGUGAAACAGAGGAGGAAACGUAUUCGCUUUGGAGGAACAUCAAACUCUCAAGUCUUUAAAAAGUUUUUUAAGGGUCUUAAAUAACUGCAUCAGCUUCACAUCCAGUGGAUCCACCGGGUUCAGGCCUUGUUUCCGACACGAUGGACGCUGAUCCGGAGCGGGGAGGAGUGGGAGGAGUGGGAGUAGCGCCUGAGCCACAAGACAAGGUUCAGACCUUGAGGGAUCAGGUAGAUGGAGUCAAAAACAUCAUGACGCAGAACGUGGACCGGAUCCUGGCCCGGGGAGAGAGGCUGGACGACCUCAUGGGCAAGUCAGAGGACCUGCAAGCAGGGGCUCAGCACUUUAAGCAGACGUCUCAGAAAGUGGCUCGCUCCUACUGGUGGAAGAAUGUCAAGCUGAUCGUGAUCAUCGUGGUGGUCGUCCUCAUCAUCGUCCUCAUCAUCAUCCUGUUGGCCACCGGAGUCAUCCCCACCAGCGCCCCUGUGCCUCCUAUAGUCAAUCCCACCGGCAACCCAUAAACACACACACAUAAUGUACAUACAGACAUAUUUAAAUCAUAAACAAAUGCAUUCCUAUUGCACAUUAUACAAAAGUUUUGCAAGUCACUGCUGUCUGGUGAAACCUUUAUCACUUCUGGUAACUUUCAUGCUUAUAUUGGAAUUUAAGUAUUUCCUGCUUUGGUUCCAGGAACUUUAAUGACACAACGAAUCCUUUCAAAACACAAUUCCAGCAGCCAUUUUUGAGUAAGGAAGAAAUCAACUUUGCUUUUUAAACAAAAGUCUCUGGAAGGUCGGAGGUCUUCAUCUGACGGCAGCAUAAUCACUGUUCUUAAAGGACGGCUUAUUCCACCGCUGGCAGCUCUUUGUUUAAGCACCAACGGUUAUUUCAUCCUGGCAAACAGGAAGUCAGCAAGCCCACUUUAAUGUGUGUAGAUGGAAAUAAUGAAUGUAGAUUCCUCUACUCUCUUACCAGACGUUAUGUUUGUCUUAAAUGUUAUCACUUACUUGCACCUUUAUAAAAGACAGUUUGUAUGGUUUAAAAGAUGGAAAAAUGCAGCAAACACCAACCUGUAACUAUUUUAGGUCACAAUAUAUUUAAUGAAAGUCUGAAUCGUGUGUUGGAUACAUAUGUUACCAUUUGUGGGCUGAUUCCUUUCAAAGUGCUUCCACUUUCUUUGUAGUCCAACAAUCGAGUAAUCAUUCCUAGAAGUUCUUUUCAUAUUUGUCAGAUAGUUUAUUAUUAUAAACAUAAGACUACUUUAGCUGUUUCUAAUAUGUUGUAAUAAGCUCCUUAAUUUGUAUUGAAGGCUUGUGAUUGUAGAGAGGUUUGUAUUCUGUCAAUAGUAUAUACCGUCAGCGUUAAAGAAACAAUUUUUAUGCUCUAAAAACAUCUGUUGUUGGACAAAAAUCACAUAAUAGUGAAAUUAGGAAACCAAGAACUUAAUUGAUGAAUUGUGUGGUUUUUUGACUAAACAGAAAUGUGUAGUGUUGAGAAGGGAAGAUAUCGAAGAGUUUGUAGAUUUGUACAUUUGUGUUGUGCAGUAUAAUUGGUCUUUUUAACUGAUCAUGUUAAUUCUCUUCCUCUAACUCUAGAAAUAUUGCAGCUUGUGAGCUCAGACACAGUUUUCUUGUUUCACUCUUUUUCUUCACAGCAGAGGUCACUGAUUAGUCGAUUGACAGAAAGUUUUUGGAGCUCCACAUUUUUAACACAGAGCUUUACUUUGAUUUAAGAAACAGACCAGCAGGGACAGCUGUUAAAGGUCAAUUCCCACAAGUCUAGUGUUGGAGGAUCCAAGCUGAGAGAGAUCACUUACAGCCCCUCCAUGGCUCCCCCUGCCGGGUUCAUGUCAACCAAUAGGCCCUCGUAAUC